AUGCUCCAGCUCCGAGGAAAAAGACAUAAGCUCGGCCAGAUCAGCUCCUACAGCCUCAUCUCCGAGGCUCCUAUCACUCUCAACCUUUCGCUCUGCCGCUCAUUCACAUCGUUGCUCACCCCUCAUGUAUCCGUAUCCUCGAAGAGGCGCACUCCAAUGGCUUUCCUCAGCUUGAAAAGACGACGACAGGUUACCCAGAGUUUCGAUUAUCUUCUUAAAGAUUCAUGGUUUCCAGAGGUUCAGUCGAUCUUCACUGCAUGGCUCGCCUUAGUUAUGGUAUUUUUCCUCCUCGGGUACUACUUCAACAAAGCACCAUUUACGUGGCACGGUCUAUCUCUGAAUACUUGGGUUUCAAUCUUCUCUACGGUCAUGAAAAGUUUGCUCUUGUUCACGGUUUCCGCAUGCCUUAGUCAAUGGAAAUAUAUUUCCUUUUCGCAGAGAAAACGAAAGUUAAUCGACUUCGAUCUCUAUGACGGGGCCAGCCGUGGGCCGAAUGGAAGUGUGAGUUUACUGUGGAGUAUGCAAUUCAGAUCGCUUGCAUCCAUCGGCGCUGUCAUCACGAUACUAUCGCUUGCGAUUGAUCCAUUCGUGCAACAAGUCAUUGGACUGGGACAGAUUCAGACGCCUGAUAAUUCUACUUCCAUCCCAUUUGCGAUACGAUACGCAAAGGGAACCCAGCAUAGCCUGAAUAACCGAGCUUCUGAAGUCAGCUAUGUUCCCACAAUUGAUUUCUCGCUUCAAUCUGCAAUUAUGGCCGGGUUAUCCGAGCCCAAGGACACCAUCCUCCAACAAACCGAGUUCCGAUGUUCCGGCACCCAGUGUUCUUGGAAACCUUUUCUUAGUCUCGGGGUUUGUAGCUCUUGCGCAGACAUCACUGGAAAUUUGACCCAAAAAUGGGUGAGCUUGGGGCACAAUAGAUCACUUCAAGGUGCUGAAUUUGCCUUCAACAAAGUCAAGAAUCUGACGGCGACAACCCCUGUCAACACCUUCAGCCUUCCUAACGGGCUUUACAUCGAAGACUAUAAAGACUAUUUUAUCGACAUGGUGACGUACGGGACCAGCAACCGCUCGAAAACGAUUGCUUUCCAGAAAAAUGAUACUCUUUUGUAUGCACUUACCAUUAUUCAUCGGCUAAAUAGAAAUCAGCCUGGAGGGUUAUCCGACUUCAAAGCCAUGGAAUGCGGACUCAGUUAUUGUGUUCAGAAUAUAACGUCCAAGGUCGUCAAUGCGAGUCUCACUGAGAAUGUAGUCGUCCUCCCGGUAGUUCUUUCGGACGGAUCAUCUCAACCAGUAUCUACCGAUACACCCAACCCGUCAUCAGGCUCGCUGUGGACACCGUACCUCUACCCCAGGACCGACCUCCAACUGAUGGCAAAUAACACUGGCUUCAACAUCACUCAGGCGGCACUGAAUUCUAUUGGAUACUUCAUGAAUUCGACUUUCGUCAAGUCUGGAGGACGAACACUUGGCGCAACAGGAUUCUACAUUAAGUCUCCACCGCAACAAGAAAAGGGGCAAGACCAAGGUGGCGAUCAGGGAACAGACUCUAGUACUGAUUCUGGUCCCCAAUUCCAACCCGCUGCCAUGCAACAGAUCUUCACCAUGAACAUCACUGCAAUGUUCGAAUCCGUAGCUACGAGUAUGAGCAUUAAUUUUCGCACAAACGACGAGUACCGAAAUGUCCUCCUGGGUUCUACGGCAGUCACAGUUUACAAGGUACGCUGGGGCUGGAUCGCGCUGCCCGUAGUGAGUGUGCUUGGGGGUACGGGCUUCCUCUUCAUUACUAUUUUCUAUUCGUACCAACACAGACUCCCGCUGUGGAAGUCGAGCUCGCUAUCAGUUCUCAAGUGCGGCGCGCAAAUGGGUGAUAUCUUGAAGGAUGAAGAGACGGUGAGUGAUAUGGAAGACAAAGCGGAAAAUACGUAUAUUGGAUUGAUGGAUGAGAAGAAAUCCUUACUCGCGGACUCGGACUCCACACGAGGCCUUCGCUCAUCUGAGAAUUUCGAAAUGACGACGUACAAUUCGGAUCUUCCACCGAGAUUACCGAACAUCCGCAGCUCUGAUGUAUCUUUCAUCUCGCUACCUUCGAACGAAGAUCUUUUGUCUGAGGACAUGUCGAGGAGGCUCUCUUGGGAAGAGGAGGACGAUUUGGGAAGGAUAAGCUAUCGGCCUUGA